AACGUCGACGUCUGCUGAACUAAAAUCCUACGUGAGUGUUAUAUACAUAUAUUUACAAAUAUAUGACAGAUUAAGACUAGUUUCAUUUAAUUUUAUGUUACUUGAGUUUUGGCAUAUGCCAAGGUCGACUUGUAUUUUCUUCCUCGCUUCUACUGUUGUCGUGGUUCGAGAAAGAAGUGCGACAUCUGCUGUCGGAGUUCAGGUCUGUUUGUUAAUCGGGUCCAAUCCGGGUUGAACAGACAGUGAUGGUCGACGAAUAGAAAGCCUCCGCUGCGUGGUGGACUGCUCAGACAUCCAAUGGCCUGACUGGUAGUAAUAGUCUGUCCGUGGUGCGGUGGUGAACACACUGGAUGGGACAGGACAGCGCUACAUGGGGGACGCAGGCAACAGUGGCUGGUACCACCGCUCCUACACCUCGGGGGGACAAAUCCGCUCUGUUGGGAAAUCUCUAGGGCUUUGCGACGCUCCGCUGUUGGAAAUUGACUUGAUGAAAUCACCAAGCCGAGUAUGAACACUUCGCAUUUGAGGUAACCAGAGGAUUUGAAUUAGAGUACUUGAGAUAUCCACACACAGAGAGGGAGAGAGGGCCAUGUACAGACACUCAGCCGCUUUGUAAUCACCGUCGUCGCUGUGUGUGUGUUUUCAGUGUCUCCUCUGAGCAUGGACUGACCAAAUCCCUCUCUGGAUGAUUUGAUGGGGCUGCUCAGAGUCAUGAUGCCGCCCAAGUUGCAGCUUCUGGCGCUGCUAGCGUUUGCAGUGGCCAUGUUCUUCCUGGAGAACCAGAUCCAGAAGCUGGAGGAGUCCCGGGGAAAGCUAGAACGAGCCAUCGCCAGACACGAGGUACGAGAGAUCGAGCAGCGGCACACGCAGGACGGCCUGCGGGAACGGGACUCGUCAGCUUCAUCACUGUCCGACAGCGAGGACGAUGUGGUCAUCAUCUAUAACCGCGUGCCCAAGACUGCCAGCACCUCCUUCACCAACAUCGCCUACGACCUGUGCGGGAAGAACCACUACCAUGUGCUGCACAUCAACACCACCAAGAACAACCCGGUCAUGUCCAUACAGGACCAGGUGCGGUUUGUAAAGAAUGUGACUGAAUGGAGGGAAAUGAAACCUGCUUUCUACCAUGGACAUGUCUCCUUCCUGGACUUCACCAAGUUUGGGGUGAAGAGGAAGCCCAUAUACAUAAAUGUGAUCCGGGACCCCAUUGAAAGGCUGGUGUCCUAUUAUUACUUUUUACGUUUUGGGGACGACUACCGGCCCGGCCUGAGACGCAGGAAACAAGGAGACAAGAAGACGUUUGAUGAAUGUGUAUCCGCCGGCGGCUCAGACUGUGCCCCAGAAAAGCUUUGGCUCCAGAUUCCCUUUUUCUGUGGUCACUACUCUGAAUGUUGGAACGUGGGCAGCCAGUGGGCUCUGGAGCAGGCGAAAUACAACCUGGUGAAUGAAUACAUGCUGGUUGGAGUAACAGAAGAGCUGGAGGAUUUUGUCAUGAUGCUGGAGGCUGCGCUGCCACGCUUCUUCAGAGGAGCCACUGAGCUGUACAAAACAGGGAAGAAAUCCCACCUGAGGAAGACCAGCGAGAAGAAGCCGCCCACAAAGGAGUCGAUUGCCAAGCUGCAGCAGUCGGCCAUCUGGAAGAUGGAGAACGAGUUCUAUGAGUUUGCACUGGAGCAGUUCCAGUUCGUCAGGGCACAUGCUGUCAGGGAAAAGGACGGAGAACUCUACCUGCUGGCGCAAAACUUCUUCUAUGAGAAAAUCUACCCCAAAAACUGAGCAUUAAGAGACACAUGUCAAUAGAAGAGUUUGGAGUGUUAUGGAGAAGGACGGACACUUUGUACAGGCUCAGAUGUUCAGUCUGAGACUAAAAAAAGAAGGAAAGUGAGGGUGAAUGUAAUAGACUACUGCUGACUGUGCGGCUGGUUUGUUCGUGUGAUUGAGAACAUAAUGUGGAGCUGCAGAACAAUCUGCCUCUGACGCAGCAAUCAGACUGGUGACAGCUCUGGUAUUCUGUGCCAGCCAACUGGAUGAAGAGCUUGUGUUUCCUCAGCAGGUUGCAGUCCCAGCAGCUCCGGGCCCUCCGCUCCCUUUCACUUCCAUGUCAAAGGUCGUCUGUGCAGAAGGCCUCUGCUGGGAUGUGGUCGGAUACGUCCUCUCCAUCAGCUGAUCAGACCUCUAACUCCUGAUUGGCUUCACUAUUCUCUGAUCCAGACAAAACAUUUUCAUUGGCUCUGUACUGUUUGGUUGUGUUUUGUUGUAUUUUAACUCUUUACUAUGGUUGUCUUUUGUAUGUAAAGUAUGUACGGUGACAUUUUUCAUGGUGAAACAACAUCCCCAUGCCUCACCACCACUACUAACUUAAAGAGAUUUUAAUUGUAAGAAACUGACUACUGUGCUGUAUUAUUGGACUUGAAUGAGAACUUUUGAGGCUUUUAUGAAAUAAAAAUCCUGUGACCAUGGA